GAAAUAUAUUGUCAUCUAGGCCCACCCUCGCCGUUCACGGCUCGUUACCGCCGUUGCGCAUGUAGCAACCUUGUCGUCGCAGAGCAUCGAAACCUUUCCAGUAUACUUAUCGCAGAGUCAUGGCAAGCAUUGGCCAAAGCAGCAUCCCCAUACCAUCAACACCGACGACAAACGACCGAAAUAUUGCACAAUAGAACACAGACGACAUCUUGGACUACGCGGGACUGGCGCACCUCGCCGCAAUUGGAAAGAAAUCAAAACAGAGCAUAUUGGGAAAGCAUUCAAACACAUCAUGGCCUCCAUAUCGCAUCCAAGCCGAACACAUCUUCGGCGCAACUCGCCUAUCACGUCAUUGGAUGCUUCGCAGGGCAUUGGGUCCCAGCCGGGCAUGAUAAAGAGUAUCAAUGUCGGGAGUGAUAGUGAUUCGGACGACGAGCCUCCGCCAGCCAUUAGAUUUUCAAAAGUUACGCAGGCUCUUCUAGCUGAUGCAGAGCCUGUUUCUCCCGUCCGCCAGCAAGAAGCUCAUGAUGGCCUCCGUCUGGAAAGAUCGAAUAGCGCAAGGUCAUCGAAUGUGGAGACACCAAGCAGAGAGCCUGGUAUUCGCAUAGUACGCCGUGGCUCACCGCCCAGGGAGAAUGGGUUGGAAGGGAGUCGAAGGACCACGCCGCCGCGAAUAGUACAGAUGAACGCAACCAGGACAGGCUCCGCAGCAAAACGAGCCGUGAGCGUAAAUUUACCCUCGGGUUACGCCAGUGCAUACAAACGGGACCCGACCCCAGAGACAAGCGCUAAAUUGGAGAUGAAGACGCCUGCGCCCCGAGUCCUGCGCGUCGCACGACCGAGGGCGGGCAGCAAUGCCUCGCAGGACGAACCAUUAAACGGCAUUGCAUCCACAAGCCGCCCCGGCUCUCGAACAGGAUUCAGAAAUGCCCCGGACACGAACGAGCGGAAAGCGUAUCCAACAGAUCUUGCGCGAAGCGCCUCUCUGCAUUACCCACCAGAGACACUGUCCCGAUAUGGAUUAUCCACGAUUGGGAGAUCGCGCGUAGCUCCUGUUGAGACUGGAUCGCAUGCGCCGCAGGGCAUGAAACGCGUGCCUGAUGGCGAGAACAAGUUCCUUCGAAGUAAACCAGUCCGUCGUGGCGGUCAUCGCCGGAGAGACAGCGAAGAUAACGUGUCUCCGAUCGAUGAUCCUCAAAGUGGACAGUCUUCGCAGCCGAGUGCGGGGGCUAUGACUCCUCAGGAACAAAGCAGGUAUCGAGUGGAGGGAUCACAGGAGCGGAGCAUUAGCGCAGCCGGACGCACACAUGGACGUGCCUCGUCUCUAGAGCCUGGCAGCUCACAGGACUUGGCUAGCCAUCGUGAUACACAGGCGCAUACAUCGCGGCCGCCUUCUCGCCAGGGCAGUCAAUAUGUCCCACGAAUUCACAGCAACAUUGAUCACCGACCUCCGACGAGACAGGCAAGCCAGGAAGUCGGCCAUGUUCGACAAGGCAGCGUUGAGCCCAAGGCUCAUCAACCAAAUUCUGGCAUCAAUCAGCUCGAUUCAGGUGUGAUCUUGGGAUCUACAUCUCAAGCAAGAUAUCGGAGCGUCGAACCAGACCAAGCACGGCCGGUAGCCGAACAAAAACCGUCAUCGUAUCCUUCCAGUCUCAACCAAGCGGGAUAUCGCAACGCGCAAAGCAGAUCUCACAUUGAUUCUGCUGACGAUCAAGAAAAUCUCCCGCCGCCCACCUUCAAGCGCAAUAAGGACCAGGAAUUCCGAUACUUGGGAAAACCGUCGCUCAUGGCAUUUUCUGACGAUGACAAGCCAAGACCACGCAUCGUGGACGAGACGCCAGUCCCCGUCCCGGAGCAACGCAGGCCUCUCGGCAACGUCAGCGGAAAUACACCUCAUCGUCCGGCACCAGCUCCACCACCAAAAAUGUCUGUUCUCGAUGCCGCGACGACUACCGCCGGAGCCAGCACGACCAAGUCUCGCAAAAAGCGUCAACACAUGGUUGUCAACGGCAAGAUCUACACUCAAAUGGGCAAACUUGGAAAGGGAGGCUCUAGCGAAGUGUAUUGUGUCAUGGCCGAGAACUACAAGACAUUCGCGCUCAAGCGCGUGAAGCUGACAGAUUGCGAUGAGAGCGCAGUGCGUGGCUACAAGGGCGAGAUUGAUCUCCUGAAGAAGCUCACAGAGGUUGAACGCGUCGUCAGGCUUUUCGACUGGGAGAUCAAUGAAGAGAAACAGGAGUUGCUGGUCCUGAUGGACAAAGGAGAGCUGGACCUCAGUCGAAUUCUGACCCUUCAACUUAACAGCGGCGAAGGCUCGUUUGACAUUUCAUUCACACGAUUCUACUGGAAGGAGAUGCUCGAAUGCGUCCAAGCCGUGCACGACCACGACAUUGUACACUCCGACCUGAAGCCCGCCAACUUCCUCAUGGUGCAGGGACGACUCAAGCUUAUAGACUUUGGCAUCGCCAAUGCUAUUGACACCGACAACACCUGUAACGUCCAUCGGGACAGCCACGUGGGCACGCCAAACUACAUGUCUCCUGAAAGCAUCAAUGACACGAAUGCCUCGAGUGGAGGCAGAGACGAAGCAGGUCGUCCGCUGAAGAAGGACAUGCGCAUAGGGAAGUCCUCGGAUGUCUGGAGCCUGGGCUGCAUACUUUACCAAAUGGCGUAUGGUAUCCCACCCUUCGCUCACAUCAAGAGCCAAGUCUCCAAAAUUAUGGCAAUUGUCAACCCCAAGCACAACAUUGAGUACCCCGAGACGGGCGUCGGCGGCGCAUACAUUCCCCUCAGCCUACGAAAUACUCUCCGGCGCUGCCUGAAUCGCGAUCCCGAGCGUCGUCUGACCAUCAAGCAGAUGCUGGACGGAACGGACUCCUUCCUCAACCCCGAGGGCACGGGAGCCGGCAGCGUGCUCAUGAGCGAAGAGCUGCUGGGGCAGAUCAUCAACAAGAUCAUCGAUCGCUGCAAGGACCCCAAGCGCGGCAUUCCGACGCCCGAGGAGGCACAGGCAUACCCUCGCAGCUUCAUGGAGAAGAUUCGUCAAAUGCAGGAGGGUCGGUAGCUCUUGGGCCCAAAAGGCUGUUUGGUGAGCCGACCUUUGUCGACUGGGGGGAUUCAUAUUUGCUUUCGUUUUAAAAAUACCCACUCCUAUGAUAGACGGCAUUUUUGCCAUGCCUGUACGAACAGAUAAUGUCUUUUUCUCUAUCCCCUCCUUGAUGGGGAUGUCUCUGUAUAUUCGAGCGAGCGAUGGCGUUGCGGAGUGCCUGUUAAUGAUCAAUGACAAACUUCUCGCACC